GUUCCCUCCCGUCCACAAUGACAAAGGUUUUGCCGGUCCCGGAGGACGCAGUGGAUUGAAUUGAAUUGAUAUUCUUUGCCGGUUUUCCCAAUUUAGAUUUCUCCUGUUAAUCGCAACAGUAAACCAAUGGUUAAUUGAAUUGGAAACUUCCGCAGCUGCGCCGCUGACAUCCGUCGUACAACGAAGACGGUUAGAAUAAUCGGGUGGGCUCUAUCUCGACUCUGCUGAAAAGGCUUUAGUUUUGCUGUGUACCAGUAGGGGAGAGGAAGUGGUUAUCCUUUUGUCUCUGUCUGGAAACAGAUCAAAUUAGAUGAUGCUGAGGUUCAUUUUGUAUUGACUUUCCUCCUAUGCCAAUUAAUUUCAAUAAUGCCAUCACAUGAAGUCAGGGACUGUGAUGAGCAAAGUACAUCUCCUGAUAAUGUUGCUGUUGAGAAAAGCUCCGAACAUUCCCUAGAACAAGGGGCUGUUCCAGAAGAUGGUGUUUCGGUUCCUGGCGGCAACAGCGAACCAAUGGAGAAUGAAGACGAAGAAGAGGAUGAGGAAGAGGAUGUGGAUUUCAAUCCUUUUCUGAAAGAAACCCCAUCACGAGAAGCUUCUUCUAGCUUGAGCUCAGAAAUAGAUGGCUUGGAUGGUGAUGUUGCUGACAGUGCUUCUGUUGCCUUGGCAACCGAGUCUGUGGCUAAGGCUCCAAAUCCAAUACAGGACUAUCCUGUGGGAGACACUGAUCAUGAUGAGGAAGUUGUGACGCAAACGGAAACUUCAGUUGAAGAAUGCAAUAAACUUUCUGAAAAACAAGAUGGAUCCGGCAAAAAAAUAAAUGCCGUAAGUGAUUUGGUGGUGGCUGGGGAGAUAAGCACUCCCUCACAUACCAAAAAGCCUGUGCUGAGUACAGACGAGGAGGAUGCUAUAUGCAUGCGAACGAGAGCUCGUUAUUCGCUUGCUAGCUUUACACUAGAUGAACUCGAGACUUUUCUUCAAGAAACAGAUGACGAGGAUGACUUUCAAAAUGUUGAUGACGAGGCAGAGUACAGGAAAUUUCUUGCUGCCGUUUUACAGGGUGGAGAUGGUGACACUCAGGGUUCCUAUGAGAAUGAGAAUGCUAAUGAUGAAGAUGAAGAUGAAGAAAACGAUGCAGAUUUUGAGCUUGAGCUCGAAGAGGCUCUCGAGAGUGAAAAUGAUGAAGACGCAAAGUAUGAGAUUCUGGAAGACACAUUCAAGGCUGCUGGUCGUCGACCUAAAACUAGGCAAAACAGACACCAAAAAGGUUCUCUUGGAAGUGACCAGACACAUAUGGGACAUAGACCAUUACGUCCCCUUUUACCAUGUGUACCUAUUGUGCAAAGGCCAGGCUUUCCAUCAUUGGAUGCGACGAAUUUCAUGCGUAAUCCUAGUACUGACUUUCACCCUUUUGUCAGCAAUGGAUUCAUAAAUGGAUUUACUCCCCAUCAGAUUGGACAAUUGCAUUGCUUGAUCCAUGAGCAUGUUCAGCUUCUCAUUCAGGUGUUUUCUGUAUGUGUGCUAGACCCGGGCAAACGGCAUAUUGCCAUGAAAGUUCAGGAAUUGAUUUCAGAGAUGCUUCAUGUGCGCGAAAAUGUUUUAGCUUGGAGAAGGCUACCAUAUCCUAGUUUCUGUUUCUUCCCUCCGUGCAUUCAUCCAUCAGUCCCUUAUGAAUUUCCGGAAUCAUUCCCAGAACCAUCAGUCAAUGAAGCUUCGCUUGUCAUUGAUGUGUGGAGAAACUGCACUCCCCGAAAUAAUAGGGAAGCCACUGAUACGAUUUCCGCUGGUAGAGGGAGGGUUGUGCCCCAACGAAAUAGCCAGGCUCUUGAGCGCUCCUUUUGGGUGCCUUUUAUAAAUGGCCCCAUAUGCUCCGUAAUGGAUGUUGCUCCUCUCAAAUUAGUUGCAAACUUCUUCAAUGAUGUUUCUAGUGUUGUGCAAGAGUAUCAUAGGCGGCAACUGGGACUGAUUCGUGAUGCACUUCCUGAAAAGGAACCGCUGUUUCCUCUGAAUACUGAACCAUGUGAUCAAGUUUCCAGAGAUAAUGGUUGUCCAACUUCCACCACAGCAAAUUCCUCCUCUCAUAAUGAUCAAACACCUAAGAGGACAAUGGCAUCUACCCUAGUUGAAAAGGCCAGAAAGCAAUGUGUGGCUCUAGUUCCGAAGGAGAUAGCUCAUCUAGCUUGUCGAUUCUAUCCUCUGUUUAAUCCUGCCCUAUAUCCUCAUAAGCCACCACCUUCAUCUGUUGCAAAUCGUGUACUUUUCACUGAUGCGGAGGAUGAAUUAUUGGCAAUGGGGCUAAUGGAGUAUAAUUCAGACUGGAAAGCUAUUCAACAACGCUUUCUUCCCUGCAAAUCUAAGCAUCAGAUAUUUGUAAGGCAGAAGAAUCGUUCGUCCUCUAAAGCACCAGAAAAUCCAAUAAAGGCUGUCCGGAGGAUGAAAAAUUCACCCUUGACAACUGAAGAGAUUAAACGUAUUGAAGAGGGGUUGAAGACAUACAAACUUGAUUGGAUGUCAAUUUGGAAGCUUAUUGUUCCCCAUAGGGAUCCGUCCUUGCUACCUCGGCAAUGGCGAAUUGCUAUUGGAACUCAAAAAUCAUACAAAUUGGACGCAAAUAAGAAGGCUAAACGGCAACUAUAUGACUUAAGAAGAAGAAACAGAAAUUCUGCAGCUUCGGCCAGCUGGAAUAGUUCACCUGAGAAAAUGGAUAAUAAAGAUGAUAAAGCUGGUCAACAAAAUGGCAGCAGAGACAAUGAGAUGGAAAGAGAAGACGAAGCUUAUGUUCAUGAGGCAUUUUUAGCUGAUUGGAGACCAGAUAAUUCAAAGACUUCCCCGAGUUUUCCAGGUCUGGGAUUAGCAAAAUCCCCUUCUGUACAGACGCCUUCUCGGGAAGGCUCACAAGUCAGAGAAGAACUUAAUGGGAGUGAGUCUGGGGAUACCCGACCUCCUAUCUCCAAUAAGUUGCCAGCAGCUGCAAGGUCCCUGGACACUCAAACACACUGGAGGCCCUAUCGAGCACGAAGAGGUAAUAGUGCACGUGUGGUAAAAUUAGCUCCAGACCUGCCUCCUGUAAAUCUUCCUCCAUCUGUUCGUGUGAUGUCACAGUCGGCAUUUAAGAGCUAUCAAACAACUUUAGGUGCUUCCUCUACUAAUUCUUCAGUUGUUAGCUCUAAAGCCGGAAAUGGGGUUCUGAGCACGGCAAAGGGUGCUGCUAACUCUAAAACUGAUUGCCCUGUCGCGACUCAAGUUACCAGAACCCAGGGAAACACUAGUUCCAGUUAUCACCAACCUCAAGAAUCUGCGACUACCAGGAAAACUCUUGUUGCAGAAAGAAGAGAUGACUCAGAUCUUCAGAUGCAUCCUUUACUGUUCCAAACCCCUGAAGAUGGUCGGUUUCCAUAUUAUCCCUUGCAUUCAAAUGCAAGUACUUCGAUAAACUACGUCACGAGAAGCCCUCCCCAAUUGAAUUUGAGCCUUUUCCAUAAUCCGCUUCAUGCAAGAAGUGCAGUGAAUUUUCUUACAAAGCCAUCAACAUCAAAAGAACCAGCAUCUUAUCAGACUGGUUUCCACCCACUCCUUCAAAGAUCCGAGGAUACAGAUUCUGGCUUGGUCACCCCACAAUCUAAUAUUCAAUUGUCCAGAAAUAUGAAGUCAUCCAAUGGAAGAAGCGAUCAAGUUCAUAAUCCAUUAUGUACUUCGAAUGUAAGCCCUGGUGAGAAAUCUAGUGACCUUGACUUAGACAUUCACCUCAGUUUCUCCAGACAGCCUGGGCGUACGGAUGUUGGAAAUCGGGCUUCUGAAGAAACCGGUGGAGCUAUAUCUGUUGCUCGUGCUGUAAAGCCGAGCAUUUUUAAAUCUCACAAGGCCACGAAUUCUCCCAUGCAAUCUAGCCUUUAUGUGACUGUGCUGCCGAACAGAAAUGGCAGUAAGUUUGAUUCAGGCAGCCCCGUUGCGACUACCGCCAUGGAUGAAGGCGUUAGAAACAGUGCUGAGGACCAAUCUCUUCCUGAAAUUGUGAUGGAACAAGAAGAGUUAAGUGACUCGGAGGAUGAUGAAAUUGGAGAAAAUGUGGAGUUUGAGUGUGAAGAAAUGGCUGACUCAGAAGCAGAGGUGGAAUCAGAGUCUGAACAGAUGGGUGAUGCACAAAAUGAGGAGGUGGAAGAGGCUGGCAUGGAUACAGAUUCUGUAGAUCAACUGCAACUGCCUGCAAAGGAUGAUCUAUUAGAACGGGACGCGGUGAUCAGAAAAGUAGACAAUUCCUCCCGUUUGAAUUUGAAUUCCCGUCCACCGGGUUCUCCUUUGAUGGAGGCUGUGGAUGAGCGGGCAAAGAGCACGAAAACUUGUCAGAUUACAAAGCCCCCUUGCAGUUCUGAGAAAACCAGUGGAGAUAAUGGUUACGACAUUGACGACCAUUCAAAGGCGCGAAAACAAGCUACAAACCUGGCGCAACAAACAAAUUCGAAGAGAUGUGGUGAUGCCAGGGGGUCGAGGAAAUCCAGGAAACGGGCAUCUGGAACUCAACCCAGCUCGAGCAGGGGCACAUCGAAAAAGAGAAACAAGAGUACGGACGAGAAGCAGGCGAUCUAAGGGCAUGAAUUUUGGUUAGUUUAUGGCUGCUGGAGUCAAGCAAUAUAGAACGUGUUUUGAGUUGCAUGUCCUGUGGUUUUAGCUUCCUGAGUUGUACAUAAAAAUUCUACUAAUUUUUCUAAUUGAUUCUGAUUACUGUCACUCCCACUCAGAAAUAAAGUUGAUGUCAUUGAAGUAUUAUUACAAGUAGACAAUAAACGUGGGAUGGAUGCAAUGUUUAUUUUAUUGUUUGGGACAGAAGUUGAUCUGGGGCUCAAUUGGAUGUCUAAGAAGUUCAUCCCGAAAUCAUCAUACAAAGAAAGGAGGGUGGGAAAUCCGAUCUGGAUGAGAAAGCGCGCGAAAGGACAUAAGCACAAUUGGAAUCUAAUCUUCCACAUGGUGGCAUCUGACAAAUACAUUAUUAAGUACUCCACAUAAUAAUCAUCUACAUUUGUAUCCACAAACACAACCAUUUUCACAGAACUGAAAACCAACAAAAUUUUCAAAGAAGGCCGACCCUUUGAAGCUGUCAAAUGUGGAUGUAGCAGAUUCAAGCAACAGAGAAGGACAAAAAC